AUGUCUUCAGCAGUAGAGUAUUACCAUCAAGUUCUGGAGGGUAACCAAGAGCAUCAGCCUGUAAUAUUUGUGGAUCUGUGGAACCUCAAUGGGGCCAAAAACUCCAAAAGAAACACGGAUGAAACAUGCCCAUCCUUCACCAGACUGAGCUUCCACAGUGCAGUGGUUGGUACAGGAUUAAAUGUGAGACUGAUGCUCUACACACAGAGAAACCAGAUCUGUGCACAACUCAUCAACUCCACAGCUCUGGGGAGCUUAAAUGUGACCAAGAAAACCACCUUCGUUAUCCAUGGCUUCCGGCCAACAGGCUCCCCUCCAGUUUGGAUGGAAGAGUUGGUACAGAGUUUGCUCAAUGUACAAGAGAUGAACGUGGUGGUUGUUGAUUGGAAUCGAGGAGCGACAACUGUGAUAUACACCCACGCCUCAGGCAAGACCAGAAAAGUAGCUCUUAUUUUGAAGGAAUUUAUCGACGAGAUGUUGGCCAAAGGAGCUUCUCUGGACAACAUUUAUAUGGUUGGAGUGAGUCUAGGAGCACACAUAUCUGGAUUUGUUGGAGAAAUGUACGCUGGGAAGCUGGGGAGAAUCACAGGUCUUGACCCUGCGGGCCCUUUGUUCAACGGGAGACCUGCUGAGGACAGAUUAGAUCCCAGCGACGCACAGUUCGUUGACGUCAUCCACUCCGACACUGACGCACUGGGCUACAAGGAACCGCUAGGACACAUAGACUUCUACCCGAAUGGAGGACUGGAUCAACCGGGCUGCCCAAAGACAAUAUUUGGAGGCAUGAAGUACUUCAAGUGUGACCACCAGAUGUCCGUGUUCCUGUACAUCGCAUCCCUGCAAAAUAACUGUUCCAUCAGUGCCUACCCCUGCGACUCCUAUCGGGAUUACAGGAAUGGCAAGUGUGUCAGCUGUGGUGUUGGACAAACAGUGCCCUGCCCCCUCCUGGGCUACUAUGCCGACAAUUGGAAAGACUAUUUACUGGACAAAGACCCGCCGAUGACGAAGGCGUUCUUCGACACGGCUGAGAAAAAACCAUUCUGCAUGUACCAUUACUUUGUGGACAUUGUAUCUUGGAACAAGAACGUAAGAAGAGGGUUCAUCACAAUCAAACUGAGAGGCGAAGAUGGAAAUGUCACAGAAUCCAAAAUUGAUCACGAACCAUCAACAUUUCAGAAAUACCAUCAAGUGAGUCUACUUGCAAGAUUUAAUCAAGACCUGGAUAAAGUGGCAGAAAUUUCCUUGUUGUUCUCCACAGGGUCUGUAGUAGGUCCAAAGUACAAGCUCAGGGUCCUGCGAAUGAAGCUGAGGUCCCUGGUCCAUCCAGACAGGCCUCACUUGUGUCGCUAUGAUCUUGUCCUUAUGGAAAAUGUUGAGACGUUCUUCCGACCUAUUCUGUGCUCCAAGUAG